AUGCAUCUCUCCAACAUCGUCCCUUCUCUCCUACUCGCCUCCCUAAUCUCCGCCAAGCCUAUCCUACUACCCUCAAUCACCGUCCCAGUCUCCGGUUCCACUCCCGUCACCGUCCCCGCCGGCCACCCGUCAAGCCUGACCGCAUCAAUCCAAUCAGUAUUGCAGGCCCUUACCGGUGAUUCUGGUAUCCCAACUGGUUCCGCGAAGCCUCCCGAGCUCCUGUCACUCAGUAUCGAAGAUGUCGGGGUCUCGGUGCCGACUCUAACGUCACUUUCCGUGCCUUCAGUCAGUCUUGGUUCGCUUAGCUUUCCUUCUGUCAGCUCGGUCUCGUUUGGUCUUCCUUCGGUGACCAGUCCCGAUUCAAUCCUCCCAUCACCCAGUUUGCCCUUGCCCGCAAUGACCGGACCCCCUCGAUUCGCCAUCCCGGCCCCCAUCAUGGACUCGAUGCCUACGCCUCCAUCGGCCGUCGAUUCCUUUGGUCUUCCACUCAUCACGUUUCCCGCGACACCCAACGGGUUUCCGAUCUUCGAUAUUCCCACGAAUAAGGUGGAGAGCGUCACGUCGACAGGUUUACCUGCGAUAGGUGCAUCAUCCGUGACGAGUUCGUUUCCUGUUCUUGGUAUCUCGGAACCCACUAUUGGCUUGCCGCACUUGGCUGUUCCCUUAUUCACUGUUCCAUCUGUGGCGGUUCCAUCCCUGACUAUUCCGUCUCCCAGCCUCAACAUCUCCAAGCCCACCAUUGGGCUUCCAUCUUUCAGCAUCCCUUCGAACGGCAUGCCAUCAUUAGGCUUUUCGCUCCCAACUCCGUUUCCCUUCAAAGGCUUCAACGGCAGCGCUCCAACCUUUACUCCAAUUCCAGUCGCCAUCCCCGUCCCGACCCUUGAGCCCGAGGGACUCCCGUCACCAAGCACCCCCUGGGCUAGAAUUCCCGGACCCGCGGGCGUCAACAGGUCGGCCCCAUUUCCGGCGAAUAACACCUUAAGCGUCGGGUCGUUCCCCACAUAUCCGGCGCCAAGCUUUCCAUCAAUAAGUCUUCCGAACCUAAACGUCUCAACAGCAAUCCCAACUCUCAGCACCCCCACCCUUCCCACAAUCACAAUCCCCACCGCCCUAAUCCCCACACUGACCCUUUCCCCCACCAUCCCACCCCUCGCGCCCCCCACCUACGACCCCGCCGCCCUCGUCGCCAACGCGACCAAAGCGAUCGAAGUCCUCGAGAUCCUGAUCGACGUGGCGAAAGCGGACGGCGGGGUCAACGCGGUGACGGUGCCGGGAGUGGGGGUCGGGGUCGGGAGCAAUGACGCGCUGGUGCAGACGCUGCUGGCGGCAUUUUUCCCGCUGUUGAGCGAGUUUGUCGAGGCGGGGUGA